UCCCCAGUAGCUCCGGUCUGCAGCUCCUUGUUGCUGCUCUGAGCUGCUGAAGCAGAGGUGAAAGGCUCUGUAUCCUCUUACCAUUCCUUCCAGCUCCCAGCCCUUUCUUUAGGGGCUUAAACCCGGGGAGUGGCGGCUGAGGAGGGGGAGAGGGUCUCUGAGAAUUAGUGCAGAGAAAGAUGAUGACUGUUUUAAGGCCUGUGCUGAGGGGGGUGGAAAAAGGCAGAGCUUAUGCCUGUGCUGCUUCAGCUGCAUUGAAGAGGACUUAGCACAGAUGGAUUGUGCAUUACAAAAUGUAACACAUAAUUCAAGCUGUCAGCUUAAUCAGACUGUUUCCAGGAAGCAACCUGUAAAAGAGAAGGACCUCUUGUUUGCUGACCUCUGAUCCGUAGCCUGCUGCAGAUUGUCAUACAUUUUGUUUUUCUUUAUGUUGGUGUCCCUUCCUUCCCCUUCCCUUUUUAUUAUUGUAUCCCUCUCGAGUGGCACCCUGGAAGGACCACCCAGCAGGAGAAAAACAAUGGGAAAGGAGCCUGCCGCUAAAAUACAGGGCACAACGGGACGCUGGUGGGACCCUCCCUGGUGCUGCAAUUGAUCGAAGACGCUGCGAUGAGGAUGAGCCUCCAGCACCGGGCGUUGUACCACGAUGUGGAGACAAUGGGGACAGCGGAGCUGCUCAGCUUUUGUCAUCGAGCUGACAGCCUGAAAGAAGUUGACCUUGAAGCAUGCGAAGCAGUUGUCCUUCAUCAGCUGCGGGCUUUAUUGCAGAGCAGGCUGAAUGGACGCCUCCUACCUGAGGAAACACUUGAUGCUAAAGGUACAGCGGUGGAUGAAAAGCAAACCAGGCCAGUUCUCCUGUGGGACAUGGAUAUGUUGCAGAUUCAACUGAGCCACCAUGCCUUGUUCUUGAAAAAGCACCAGGUCCAGCUCUCAGAGGAAGUGGCAGGGAUGUUUGACAGUCUGCUGGUUUCCAGUGAGAUGGUGCAGGAUGACCAGGCUUUCCCAGUGUUGAGAGGUGUGCUUCCAGAAGAGCGUGGGGAUAGGUCAUCUCUUCAGAGUAAUGAAUCAUCUUACAGCUUGCCAGCGGUUCUGAACGACAGCGGGGAAAUCAAGCAGGCAAAACAUGUUCCUGGCGCUGGAGGAGAAGAAGUCGCAAGCUGGUGCGAAGAUGAGAGCGAGGAGGGAAGCGCGGUCGAAAAGAUUCCUAUUACAGGUGGGGAGAGUGAUGAUAACAGUUCCAAACCAAAAGCAAGCCAAGAAGAGCAUUCACAAACCAGUUCUUCAUCGAAGGAAAGAAGUCUUCCCUUCUCAAGGCCUGAAAUCAGAAGAAUGGAAACAGCCAUAAAAUCUAAAGGUAGGAAACCAAUGUUGUGCUCCUUAAAAAAUAAAUAA